AUGAGAUUGAGCGGAAUCUUCUCUGUCUCUGCUCGGGUGGUCAAAGGCAUCCAAAGACCCGGAUUAAUCGGCCGAAAAGCGGCCCUUUCUCUAACUCCAGAUGCCGUCAAUCGAAUCAAAUGCCUCUUGAAGGACCGACCAGACAUGAAGGCGUUAAAGGUAGGUUCCUUUUAUAUUUAUGACGUCGGAAUCUUAGAUAUUCUUUCUCAUUGCUCUUUCGCGCCAUUUUCAAUAAUUUGAGCGCGAAAAAAGAGUGGAUGAAGGCUCACUAAACGCUGAUGCUUUCCAGAUUGGCGUCCAACAACGGGGAUGUAAUGGUCUGACGUAUACGUUGGACUAUGCACAAGAGAAAGCGAAGUUUGAUGAGGAAGUAGUGCAGGAUGGGGUCAGGAUUUGGAUCGAUUCGAAAGCACAGCUUAGUUUGUUGGGUUCAGAGAUGGACUAUAUUGAGAAUAAACUCUCUUCCGAGUUUGUGUUCAGGAAUCCCAACAUCUCCGGCACCUGUGGUUGUGGAGAAAGCUUCAGCAUAUAG